CCGUGUUUGACAGAGGCUGUUUUCUUUGGGCACCAGCUCCGACAAAAGCAGCGCAAACAUCUCCUCAUUUUUACUCCAAACUGCCCCAUAAGAGCCCCCACAGCCAACAUGUACGCCAGCACCAACCCCGGCAGCGCGCACGGAGACUUCCAGGACAGGAACGGAGUCAACUACGUGUCCUCCGCCGAGUCUUUCGGACACUGCUCGCAAUUGUUCUGGAAAAAGGACCCCAGUGAUUCCGGACCGAGUUCAACCAUCAGCUGGUGUGAGCAGUUGCCCCCCUCCUCUGCGGCCCUGUCUGGCUCCAGUCUGUCCCCUCCCUCUCUGUCCCUGGAACCCUCUGCCCCUCCGCCCGCCCCCUCUGCUCCCCCUACACCGGCCUCGGACAUCGCUCCCUCUGCUCCAGACGACACAGAGUCCGACGAGCGGCCUUAUGUCUGCGACCUGUGCAACUGCGCCUAUAAACAUGCCAGCUCGCUCCUCAACCACAAGCUCACGCACAAGAUCGGAGACUUCAAGUGUGACUUCUGCAGUAAGCCGUACACAAACUACAUGUCCCUGAGGAAUCACAUGCGCAUCCAUGGACAGAAGCGCUACAUGUGUGACCUGUGUGGGAAGGCCUUCCGCUUAGCCCGCUAUCUGCGCAACCACCAGCGUAUCCACGACGAUGGGCCCAACCGCUUCGACUGCCCCUCUUGCUGCAAGAGCUACAGAACCAUGCUGGAGCUAGCCCAGCACCGCUGUAGUGCUGCUGCCAACAACCAGAACAAGUUCAGCUGCCCGUCCUGCUUUAAGAGCUACAGGUCCAUGCUGGAGCUGGCCCAGCACCGCUGCAGCGCCGCCGCCAAAAACCAGAGCUCCAGUCGACGCUCCAACUUCUCUGGUCCUCGGCGUCACCAGUCCCAGCAGCAGAGCCAGCAACAGCAGAGCAACAGCAGCACCCUCAUGCAGCCACCACAGCACCCCACCCACGGCCCCCAGGAACCGCUCUCCUCUCACUGUGUGUCCCCCAUGCCCCAAGGUGCUCCAGGGACAGGCCUAUCUAACCAAACAGUGCCCGACCACCAGGUACCAACACCACUGCAUUAUGUGUGUCCCAGUGUGGUGUCGUCCCAGAGUGCCCCCCAGAGCAUGAGGAGCUCGUCCAAACUGGUGUCUUCUUCGGCCAGCCCCGCCCCCUCCUCCUCCUCCUACUCUCUGCUCCAGCCCCUGGUGCCUGAGGUAAAGGAGAUGAGCCAGGGAUACACUAGGCUGAGCGCCAACCCCAUGGCCAAGCACCAGGACACGUUCUCCCUGGCCCCACAGCGACCCCUCAGCGCCAUCAACCCUCUGGGCCACAGCCUCCACCCUAACGGAGCCGCCAGCCUCAAGCCCUCCCCUGUACCCCGCUCCAUUCAGCCCAUGCCCUGGGAACAGCGCUCCCUCUACAACCAAUGAAACCGGGACCUACCCAGCCCUCAUACCCCCAUAUACCCCCACUGCUCUGUGCACCUGACCACCAUACACCCCACAACCCAACACUAGCCUCAGGACGGACACCACUGCCCUCCCCUUCGGAACAUAUCGGGGAACAGGGCAAUAUUAAGAACUAGUUGAUUACCGAGUAGUUAGUUCAGUUGUGUUGCCUUGCCCCUCACGUAUGAACCUAUGCCAUGUACCGCAUAAAAGUUCUAUGUUACCCUCUAGUUACAGACUAUCUAUCUAUGAGCCCUUUAUGAAUCGUGUCUUCAUGCUUCCCCCGUUUUGAUGAAAAAUAUCCUAUUUUUAUCAGGAAAAACUCGACUGCCGAAAUCCUGUUCCCUCUUGUAUGUUUGCAAACAUAACUCAGUGUUUGUCUGUUAUGAUUUCUAUUAUUAUAACUAAAGCAAAAUGGGGAUACAUGAACUUGUAACUUUGUUUGUAUCUUUUUUACUUGCCCUGUCAAAUGUGCUCCUGAAUGGACUUGUGUAUACUACCGUGCACUGGGGAUUGCCUUCUCAAUACUUUUUUUUUUAAUUUAAAUUUUUUUUUGUAAACCCCACCACCAUACCUCCAGGAUCCAAGGACCAGAAAACAUGGCGGCCACGCACAUUUCAAGACUGAAGCACUGCUGAAUUUAAGGACCUCUUUGAACCCGGCACCGUUUUAGCCGUCUGAUCUGUCUACUCUUGUUCCACACUGACUGUUACUUGUUGUGUCACUGUUAUAGCACUUUAAAGCAAGUGCUGUUCCCAAUACUGGCUCGGCCCCUUAGCAGAUGUAACUGCCAUACAUCAAUACUUGGUGCAUAUGGUUAGACUACUAUUUUCUCUUAAACAUAGCUAACAUCAUUAGAGUUAAAAUUGGCCUAAAAAUCUUGCCUAGUCUUUUCUAGUUUUGUAAUUUUGGUGAGGUUUAUCAUUUUACUUCCUGGUUGGAUAUGGGAAGCAGAUAUGAUGUGUCGGGAUAUGUUACACAGCAACCAUAAUUUUAACAAGGGUUAAAACCUGUCUAAGUUGCACGAUAGUUAUAAUUUCACAAAUACAAAUAAAUGACAACACCUUUAAUUUAUUAAAUAAAGAUUUAAAUUGUCAGAAAAAUGCCUUCUUUGCUUGUAAAUUGUCUUUUGGACAAUGCACAUGGACAUUGCAUUUUGGAUGAAAUUGAUAACAGUUGGUGACAUUGAUAGAGGUAUUCCUUUUAGAACUCAGUGCUACUUCCUGUAUUUUAGAAUAUUUACCUCAGAUGCUGUCCCACCAAACCAAAUAAAAAUUUGAAAAUUAUAUUAAUCUGUGACAUGCUCUAUAAAUUGUAUGUGACAGGUUUGCAUGUUUUUCUAAUUCUGACUUGGUUUGAUAGCACUUGUGGUUAAUAAAAAUCCAGGAAGUAAUGUUGAGUUCUAAAACGGAAUACCUUUACCAAUGCCAUCAACAUGGGAAAGUCCAUCAAAAAUGCAGAGAUAAUUUACCCACAAGGAAGGAGUUUUUUGGGGCAGUUUAAACCUUCAUUUAACAAAAUAAAGGUGUAAGGUGUUGUCAUUUAUUUUUAUCAGUUUAAUCGUAAGUACUGUGUAAUUUAAAGUUUUGGCCCUUGUUCGAGUAGUGGUUGCUAUAGGUAACAUGGAGUUACCUCUACAUAUGUCAUCAGCUGCCUGUGUUCAACCAGGAAAUAAAAUUAUAAACUAUAAACAACAUUUUUAGUAAAAUAUAAUGAUUUUAACCAGGUUUUAGUGAAAUUAGUAGUUUAACCUGUCAUAUGCACAACGGUUUGGGAAAAAUGCCUGUCAAUUUAUUUUCUAAACAUGGAAAUUGGUGAUGGCCAUUCUCCCGUCUACUUUCUGUAGAAAUAGAAACACAGUACACCUUGGGUUGAUAUAACUAAUGUUAAAAAGAUUUUAAAAGCUGUUUAUUUUUAGUUGAAUAUAACUUAAACCAUGAUCAUUGAAAGACCCCCAGACCUGACUACUGGGAAUAUCAGGUUCAAACUAUUGAAUUAAAGAUGCAGCAUGUAGUUAGUGUAUCUUGCUAACUUGGUGUUUACUGAAAUAGGCUACCCACAAUUCUACUGACAUUUUGUAUUGCUCUGUUUAAAUUCGUAUCCAUGACCUGUCAUUUUUGCUUUUACUCCUUGUAAGGUGUCUUUGAGUAUUUAGAAAAAGUGCUAUACGAAUAAAAAUGUUUUAUUAUCA